GUUGUUCUUGUCUUUUUUUUUGGUACUGCCAUGUUAGUAAUGGCUUGGUUUUCUGUAACAAUGGAAAUGAAAUAUCUUUUAUUAUCGGUGAUCAAUAUUUAUUCCCUCUCAUUAAUUUACUGGCUAUAUCGACUUAUAACUGUUAACAUUAAAUUACAAACAGAUGAUGAAGAUCCGUAUAGAUUCACUCGAAGAUUCCUAACCUUUUUCUUAGCUACAAUAGUUAUUCUUGUAUUAGCUACUAUAAUCUAUUCCAUUAUUUGCUUCAGAAAUAUGUUACGUGGACUUUAUGUACUUACAGUAUUUGGUCGAUCUGCAAAGGAAGAAGAUAACGAAGAUACUUCAACUUCGUCAAAAAGACGAAGUGCAAUUCAUCAACAACGAAUACGUGACAAAGAACGCGAGUCUAGAAUAAUUUUAGAUUAA